AUGGUGCAGAUAUCUAAUAUAUUUCUUCUUCUAGCAGGUAUUGUGGAUGCACAAUCGUUCGGCGAUUUCCCCAAUAUUGGGACACCUGAUGAAGCAUUAACAAUUAUUAAAUCCGAAAGUCGUUCCAAUCAAAAGUACAAAUAUGCGAUCCCAUCACUUGAUCGUCUGGAAGGAAGUACUCUAUUCCAUCAGUACUUUAACUCAUACACUAUUAAGGAGGAAGAAAGAAUCAGCAGUGAAAAUGAAUGGCAAGACUGGAAUGGUCAUAAAGAUGGGGUUCUGAUUCAAAUCGAAAAUGGAUCAUCGGUAUUUUUUAGUAAUGAUGAGAUCUUUACUUAUGGUAAAACAGACUUUAACGUACCACUUGGUCCGUUACCACACCUGGAAAAUGAUAUCUCCGAUCAGUUUGUUGGAAAUCAUAGUAACCUCAAAAUAUAUGCAGUGGAGCAAUUACAAAUGAUGGCAUCAGAUGGAUCUGUGGAUGCCUUACGGAUGCUAGCUGAUAUCUAUACAUUUGGAUUUUACGAUAUCAGCAUAGACAUUAAUAAAGCAAUUGAAUACUACUCACUUAUAUCACAGUUAUCGUCGGAUGAUAAAUCUCAACAACAUGCACAAUUUAUGCUUGGAGUGAUUUAUUCAACUGGCCUGUUUGGGAAGGUCGAAAAGGAUGUUAGUAAAGCUCUUAUACAUUAUCAAUUUGCUGCUGAUAUGGGAAGUAUACAGGCACAAAUGGUAUUAGCACACAAAUAUAUGAUGGGUAUAAAUGUUGCGGAAGAUUUAAACCUGGCUGUCUACUACUUUUCUAUGGUUAAAGAUAAGAUUGAAACGUUCCUUUCAGGUUUUUUCGAGGAAGUAGACACUAAAGCUGGUAAACAAAAAGAAUUAAUAUAUCCCUACAAUUUAGAUAAAUUCAACAUCCGUUGGAAUGAUAUCUUAGGAGGGCUUUAUGGAGAAUCGAUAUCACAGGCCCAUGAUACAGUAAGAUACUUCGAAACAUUCAAAGACUAUGACCAAAUCAAAAGGAUUAACAUGGCUCCGGGAGAAGAAGAUGAAACGUAUGAGACGGGUGAUGAUGAAAUUAUCGAUGCGUAUUCUCUGCUCUACUUUGCGGCACAAAAAAACUAUCAUGGUGAUUAUUUGAAUGCCAGAGAUUAUGAUAAAGCUUUUAGAUAUGCCAAUCUAUGUGUCCAAAAUGGUAUUUUAGAGCCAGGGAUCGGUGAAGUGUUUAGUGGUGCCUCCAAAACUGGUGGUUCUAACUACCAGGGGUGGGGAUUUGAAGUAAGUUUUGAAAAUCAUGCGCCUGUUGACAUUUUCAUUGGAAGAUGUGCACAAUAUCUGGGACAUAUGUAUUUACGAGGUGAAGGUACAGAGCAAGAUUUUGAGAAGGCUAAGCUGUACAUUGACUUCUCAAGGAAGUUAAUCCCAACAUCUGGUGCGCUUUUCAAGUACGACCUCGGCAUCAUUGAAUUAUACGGCUUAGGUAAAGAAGCCGAUGUAGACAAGUCGAUUGCAAUUUUUGACAAUUGUUGGCAGUAUUCGUCAUGCAGAUACUACAAAGCCAUCACAAAAUUACAAAAAUCUGAAAACCUGGAUAAUAAAAAACCUGAUAUAGUUGACCAAGAUGUUUUCAACUUACUGGUAUCUUCAUCUCAGCAAUUUAUGCCGUCAAAUAGAAAACUCUUACAAUUAUAUGAACAAGGUGAUAUUAGUGCCAACAUCGAUGUAAUGGCAGGACAUUAUAAUUCAUAUGUUAAGCUUUUUGAUUUCCUUUAUUUCGACUUCAAGAUACCAUUUUAUGCUAUGAUAAACGCCGAGGUUGACGACAUAACAUCGAACAAUAUGUGGACUGCACUUGUUGGAAUGGCAGUUGCAAGCGAACUGGGCUACGAAAAUGCACAAAGCUCGUUGGGUACUAUUUUAUAUCCUACUAUUGGGAAGUUUUCAUCGAGAAAAUAUAGAAGCAAUCCUGAAUGGAAAUCGAAAAUUUACACGCCAAAAAGAUUAGAGGAAUCUAUCUUUUAUCUUGAACAAAGCGCUUUGCACUAUAACCGUGACUCGCUCAAUUUUCUGGGUGAUAUUUACUAUAGUGGUUUGUACGCUAAUGGAGAAAACAGUCAAGACGAUCCAUUAUGGAAUAAACCAUGGUGGCAGUAUUUGCUUCCUUUAUCAGGGGAACACAGCCAAAAUGGAAUGUUUCUUCGUAUUAUGAGUUCUGCAUACAAUUCGUGGAUUGUCUUGAAAUUGCGGCUGCUCAAAUUUUUCAGUUUUGUCAAAAAAGUUGACAAAACUGAUGAUAUUAAUUUCCCUAUAAUACCAAGAGAUUUUAGUAAAGCUGUCGCUUAUUAUCACAAAGCAUCAUCCUUAGGUUCACAUUUAGGAAGCUAUAAUGUCGGUUGGGCAUACGAGUACGGUAUUGGAGUUGCACAAGAUUUACAUCUUGCAAAGCGAUACUAUGAUUUAUCGUUGGCGAGAUCAAAUGUGGGGUACAUACCUAUCAAGAUUGCUAUUAUACGUAUAAAGGUUAAGGCAUUUAUUUGGAAUCUUAUAGAUCUUGAUGGAAGAGGAAUUAAAGAGCUUGGAUCGGAGCGCAAUACAUGGGCCGAGAGGAUUUCCAUGGUUAAAAAUUGGCUAAAAAAUGAAGAAAACUAG